AUGAGAGUUCUUCGCUCACAAACUCGACGCACAGCUGCGGCUGCUGAAAAUGUGGUUACGCCGCAGAAGAAGGUAUCACGCAAACCGACUAACAAGAAGACACCUGAAGCGAGUCAAGCCCCCAAGGAUCCUGUCAAGUUGCCAACUCCACCACCUUCAACCCGCAAAGGCAAGGUGACCAAACCAGCGACUGAAGAUGAAUCUCCUCAGGUCGAGAAGGAGACUGAAUCCAAGGAGCAGGAAAAGGAAGCUGAUCCAGCCCCCCAGAGUCCUGUCGACUUGACUGAUGAGACUAUCCCAACUCUAUCACCAUUGCCUUCGAACCGUAAGCGCAAGCUGCCAGCCUCACCCGAGGCUAAGAAGGAGGCCACUCCCAAGAAACAGAAAAAGGAAGCCUCCCAAGAACCCGCUGAUUUGACUCCUUCACCAUCAACCCGCAAGCGCAAGUUGCCAGCCAGAGAUGCCUCACCCAAGGCCAAGAAGGAGACCACUCCCAAGAAACAGGAAAAGGAAGCAGCACAAGCUUCCCAAGAACCCGUCAAAUUGACUCCAUCGCCAUCAACCCGCAAGCGCAAGCUGCCAAUUGAAGAUAAAUCCCCCAAAACCACACCCAAGAAACAAAAAAAGGAAAAGGCAGAGAAGCGAGAGUGCAAAUUCAGGACUCAACCGCCCAAGUUCUUUGAUCGUGUCCUUGCGCGUGCUCUUGGGGAGACAUUCUACAUCAUCGAGCGCCUCACCUGCGGUACCGAGGAUUGUCCCGGGGAGGACUUUGAAUUGGUGGGAUCGACUGGCAGCACUUACACUGUCAAUAUCGGGAAGCGGCUCUCAUGCAGCUGUCCACAACAUUCUUUGGGAUUUCAGCAGUGCAAGCACAUCGUCUUUAUCAUGAAGAAAGUCCUCAACGCCCCGGAUCAUCUGCUUUACCAGCAAGCUCUCAUCAGCACCGAGCUCAAGUCCAUUUUCGAUUCCGCACCUUCUUUCUCAGCAGAGCCACAGGAGAAACCUGUUCAGCGCAGACCCAUCGAGGGAAACUGUCCCAUCUGCUUCUUCAAGCUUGACGAGAAGAAGAAAGCUUCCAUCGUUUGGUGCUCUGCAUCCUGCGGUCAUAACUUUCACAUGCAGUGUCUUAAGAUUUGCGCUCGUCCUAAAUCCGUGACUUGCCCAGUGUGUUGCAGCGACUGGAAGGGUAACAAGAAGCUGGUGACCGAAAUCAAUCAGGAUGAGUACGAUGCGACUCAUCGUUUUGUCGCGCGUCAUAAUAUCGUCGGUGGGGAGCAUGAGACAGAUGGUCUUCUCGAUGCUAUGUCAACCCAGGCGCGAUGGUACAAGUAUGGCGAUCCAUAUAAAAGAUACCAGGGACGGAAAUGA